UGGUCGCGAGAGGCUUGUCUAGAAUCUCCGCGUUGAGGCGAAGCUGUCGCCGAAGGAAGAAGUAGAACAGACCGACGGAAGGCGGCCGUGGGAGGAGCCGCCGCCACUACCGCUGCCUGCUGAGGGCCCUUAGGACGGACUUGGCUGCAGCGCGCGCGCCUAAGGCCAAAGCCUUGGAAUGAGGCGGCGACGGCGGAGGCGGCUGCUGCUGUGAGAGAGGCGGGAAGGAGGCCGGGGCGAGAGAAGCGGCUGGGACCGGCCGAGUGACGGCGCGCACUUCUCCAGGCGCCGCUCCCCCGCCGUCGGUCGUCGAGAUGGAUGAACAAGAGGCCUUGAAUUCUAUCAUGAAGGACUUGGUUGCACUCCAGAUGAGCAGGCGUCCCAGAUUGUCUGGUUUUGAUAGCAUGAAGAACAAAGAAACUUCACAUUCCAACAGACAGAAAAAACCCAGUGCCAACAAUCCAGCUGUCCUCAGCAAACCUAUUAUAACAAACCAGUGUGUUCAUGCAGGAGAGGACAAAAAGGCUCAGAAUGACAUCAGGAUAAAGUUUGAACAUAAUGGGGAAAGGCGAAUUAUCCCUUUUAUUCGGCCUGUCCGCUAUGAAGAGGUGCAGCAGAAAGUGAAAACAGCUUUUGGGCAGCCGCUGGAUCUCCAUUACAUGAAUAAUGAGUUAUCUAUUCCCUUGAAAAGUCAAGAUGACCUUGAUAAGGCAAUAGAUCUUUUGGACCGAAGCUCAAAUGUGAAAAGCCUUAGAAUAUUACUGCUGUCUCAGGACAGAAACCAUACAAGUUCAUCGACCCAUUCUGGGAUGCCAAAACAAGUCAGAAUCAAAACUUCCCAGACUGUUGGAGAUGUGAAUAUUGCCUACCAGCCACCUGAAACCAGAAGCAGGCACCUGUCCAUCAGUUCUCAGAGUACAGGCCGAAGUUCACCCCCUCCAGGGUAUGUCCCAGAAAGGCAGCAGCGAAUCGCUCGUCAAGGAUCCUACACCAGCAUCAACAGUGAAGGAGAAUUCAUCCCAGAGACCAGUGAACAGUGUAUGUUGGAUCCUUUAAGCAGCGCUGAAAACUCCAUAUCUGGCAGUUGUCAGUCCUUGAACCAGUCAACAGACAGCCUUUCCUUCCGAAAAUCUUGCAUGUCCAGGACUCAGAGUUUCCCAGACAAUAGGCAAGACUUUUCAGAUCGUGAGAAUCAAACUUAUGAGAAAGCAGAGAAAGGUGGGACCUACCCUCGGCGUUACCAUGUCUCCAUGCAGCACAAAGAUUAUAAUGAUGGUCGGAGGACAUUUCCUCGCAUUCGGCGCCACCAGGGCAACCUCUUUACGCUCGUGCCAUCAAGCCGCUCCUUGAGCACCAACGGAGAGAACCUCGGCCUGUCUGUGCAGUAUUUAGAUCCCCGUGGGCGCCUGAGGAGUGCUGACAGUGAAAAUGCUCUCUCCGUGCAGGAAAGAAACAUCCCAACUAAAUCUCCAAGUGCUCCCGUCAACUGGCGACGAGGAAAACUCCUAGGACAGGGUGCCUUUGGUCGUGUGUACUUGUGCUACGACGUGGAUACAGGCCGAGAACUUGCAGCUAAGCAGGUCCAGUUUGACCCAGAAAGUCCUGAAACAAGCAAGGAAGUGAGUGCUUUGGAGUGUGAGAUUCAGCUGCUAAAGAACCUUCAGCAUGAGCGUAUUGUCCAGUAUUAUGGGUGCUUGAGGGACCGAGCGGAGAAGACCCUGAGCAUUUUCAUGGAGUACAUGCCAGGGGGUUCUGUCAAAGACCAGCUGAAGGCUUAUGGUGCACUGACGGAAAAUGUGACGCGCAAGUACACUCGGCAGAUUCUUGAAGGAGUCUGUUACCUUCACAGCAACAUGAUUGUACACAGGGAUAUAAAGGGAGCAAAUAUUCUCCGGGACUCUGCUGGGAAUGUGAAGCUUGGGGACUUUGGAGCUAGCAAACGGCUGCAGACGAUCUGCAUGUCUGGGACCGGUAUCCGUUCUGUCACUGGCACACCCUAUUGGAUGAGUCCAGAAGUGAUCAGUGGGGAGGGUUAUGGAAGAAAAGCUGAUGUCUGGAGCCUUGCUUGCACGGUUGUGGAGAUGCUAACGGAAAAGCCACCCUGGGCAGAGUAUGAAGCCAUGGCAGCCAUUUUCAAGAUCGCCACACAGCCAACUAACCCCCAACUCCCUUCUCACAUAUCAGAACCGUGCCGGGACUUCCUAAGACGGAUCUUUGUGGAAGCUAGGCAGAGACCCUCAGCUGAAGAGCUCCUCCAGCAUCACUUUGCACAGCUCCCAUACUGAAUUACUACCCCCAAAUAGCACUUCUUCCUGUGGUUUGACCCCCUCCCCCUUUGGAGAUGCCAGGCCCAGGGCCCAUAUCAGAGCAUCACCUUCAAAUGCUGGCCCAGCUGUGUCGCUGGCCUUGAAAGGCAAAGUGUGAGGCACAAGGCUGGAAUGUCAGCUGCUUUUAUAUCUUCAUUUGGGGACUGAUGCUUUCAGUUGCAGUGCAAUUUGCACUUGCCUCUCUGUCCUUGUCAGUGUGCUGACUGAGCACCAGCAGGACUCACCACUACACAACACAAAGCUAGCAAAUUGGAAGUGAGUGGAAUGCUUGUUUCCAGAACGGAGCAGCUUGCAGAAAGGAGCUCCACUGACCUUGUCCUGUUCCAGAAAUGAGUGUUUCCACUUGUUUCCGGGAUUGCUGGUGGGUGGGUCCCACUAGUGCGACAGAAACAGCAGGAGUGCAGCAGCAGUAUUGGAUACUGCCCAUGUUGCCAUGGCAUGUUGAUGGCAUGUCUCCAUGAGCACCUGAGCUGGGAGCAAUCUGGGAAGCAUCUCAUUUGAAUAUAGCUGUGUGUCAGAAGCUGGUCCAAAGUGGAAAGGAAGGAAUCGGAAUUUGUGAUAACCGCUAAAAGCUAUAAAAUGUGUGUUGGGCUUGUGCUAUCAUUCUUUUACAACUCACUCCCCAGGAACUUAUCAAGUCAAGUGCCACAGAGAACAUGCACUCUAUUAUUAUAUAUAAUAAUUAUUAUAUAUUUUUCUUAAGUAUUCAGCAUCUGAAAGUGUUCAGAAAAUAUUGAUUUUAAAUAUGUGAAUAGUCGUUUUUUAAUGACAAACCAAGGAGCUGAAGGCAGUUCGUUCGUUCGUUCUUUCUUUCCUUCCUUCCUUCCUUCCUUUAUCCCUCUUCCAUCCAAAUUACUUCGUUUUCACAGGGCUACCUGAAGGUGCAGUUCAGGACUGUACAUUCUGUGUCUAUGCAGUAACUGUGUGCUAACACAGAAUUUAGUAUUUGACACAAAAAUCUGCAUCUUGCAACUCAACACAUUUAAACUUUUUAUUAUUUUAUUUUAAUUUUUUAAAAGUAAAUUUCAAGUCUAUAUGGCUGCAGAGAAACUAUAAAUGCUGAAAAUAUAGGUGCCUCAUGUCUUUGGAAGCCAUACGGGGCCUGAAAUGGGGCAUAGUGGUUUGGGCAAAGGCUUUAUACCCACAUCCACGAAUAGCAAAAGCUACAUAAAUGAUCAGAACCAAGAACAUACAUGAAAUUUUGCUUUAUUUGCAUAAUUUAUUCAGAUCAUAAGAAUGUGCCACUUUUAUAGAUUAUUUAAGCACAGAGUAUUAUUACAUGCUGGAUAUAGAUGGGAAUUAUGAAAAAUGUCUGGCAUGCUUGUAUUGCUCCAUGGAUAGGCAUUGCUCUCAGCUGAUGAAAAAAAUCCCUCCAUUGGAGUUUCACACUGCUAGGCUAUCAUGCCACCAUUGCAGUCAUUCUCUGAAAAUACCCUGGCUUGCUUGCCUUUGAAACAUCAGAACCUGCUAUACCUCUAUUGGAUCUCUUCUUCCACCCUUCUGCAGAACAGCCGCUGGUGCUAUUCUUAAGUUUUUGCCAGUCCUUCUAACCAAAGAUGAUUUCAUUGCUGCUGAAAUCUUACUUCAGGGAAAGGCAAAGCACUGCUACUGAGCCUAGACAGAAGACUUCCUGCAUUCCAUACUGAGGAGGACAUCUUCGGGCACUUGUAGGAAAAGGGGGUGUUUUGCCCAACUUCAGUUAUUAAUUUCAAGUUUUCCAUGUGCUCUUUGAUAAAACAGAUAUAUGAAUGGAGUUCGUAUGGCUGAGCAGUACAUAACAUUGAAAUACAUAUGCCAAAGCUCUAGUUAUGACCAUGUUUUCCUACAGCUGUGUAAUCCUACAGUCAUGUGACAAAGGACAAGUCUUCAACUGCUGCAUUAUUUGCUGGCUAGGAAUCUUGGAAUUUUUUUUAAAGGGGGACACUGCUGACAUUUAGUUGGGGGUAAUCUGAGGUGAAAGGUCUAGUCUUUGAAAUGUUUAGUUGUCAAGGAAAAUCUUAUUGUUUAUCUUAUAAAACUUACAAGACUUAGCACCAGGUAUGAUCAGACAAGUCCCCUGUAAGAUAAGGCCCUGUGUUACCACCCUUCAGGGAGUUCAUGUAUGCAAAAGCAGAGGUAGGCAACAUGGCUUUUGUUUUGGGUUAUUCUUGUUUUUUGCAGCCCCCUAAAUUGCUACUGCUGGAUUUUAGCAUUGCCAUGGUGGCAGAAAUGCAAUAUUUUCCAGGUAUUCCAGAAGUGCGGUUUUGCAUUAAAACAAGGCAUACCUUUUUUUUUUUUUAAAGGAAAAGUGCUCUUUUUUGCCACCACCUCGCCAGUGAAAUUUAGCAAUUUGAUGGUGUGGAGGCAGUGAUUUCAAUGGCAGGGAGUGCAGGCCCCAGUGGGUUUUGGUUGGCAUACAUGAGCCCCCAGACGCUUGAGUUGUCCACUUCUGAUUUAACGAUUCAGGAUCUUGUUAAAUAUGAAGAAUGUGACCUGUGUGUUGUGUUGCAAAUGGUAUUGCGCCAGUCAUAAUGCUUCCAUUGUCUGCUCUUGACUUUGAAAGCAGAUACAUUUUAUCCACCCUUGUUCAUUUAUGACCAGCAUCUUGACAGCACCCUAAGGCUGUCAGUGAUUUUCACCUACGUAAAAUUGCACUGAUCUUCCAGCUUUUUACAGGAGUGCAAAUGGUUAAUUAAAUUUCAAGAUGGCAACUUACCAGCCUAACUUCUUAGUAAAAGGCAGGGCCAAGCAAUGCUUCCAGUAGACCCGUAGUAGUAUUGUUCAAGCAGAAUGCAAUUGACGUUUGGAUAAAGUGUAGCAAAGAUGGCAGUUUCUCCCUUCUAUCACCCUGAUCUACUUAGGGCUUCUAGAAUAAUGCUUUAAGAAUGGCUGCUGUUUUGUGAUGGGCAAUAUAGGAGUUGAGGUAGUAUGUGACUUGUUCUCAUUUCAGCUCAACUGAGAACCAAAUAAGAUGCAGUGAAUUUUUUUACCUUGUUUGCCAAUACGUUUGUAGGUCUUAAAAGUUGAGAGGUUUGGAGAUUUGAUGUCCUGAAACAUGUCUUUUCUCUGUCAAAACAAGUAUGCUCUGAGUUGUCGUAUAUCCUGUGAUUUAGCAAAUGCCCAACAGCACACUUCUUCCCACCAUCUGUCUCCAAGAAUGUGAUAUGUUGGCUUGGCUCCCUGUUUGUAUGAUACACUCCAGUACCUGGAUCCAGGGCCGCUGAUUCAGCAUAAGAAAUAAGCUGAAACGUUACUUAUAUGGUCAGCGAUGCACUUUUUCAAAUGUAUUUAUAUCUCUUAUUUGUUCAGCUUUUUACAUCAUGUAAACAAAUUGUGAUGCCUCAUACUUUUUAUUUAUAACAUAUUGUUGAUUUUUAUAGGUAUGUAUAGCAACUGUUAUGGGGUGGGGAGGGAGGAAAUUGACACCUUUGUGAAUUUUAAAAAGAAGAGAAGCAGCUGGUUUUGCAAAGAAUUUGAUGAUAGUUUUAUAACAAGAUGUGUCAAGCCAAAAUUCUUCUUUGUUUCCUUGCUGGUCCUAUUCCCAUUGGCAGGAGGAGAUUUUGAAUUUGUUUAUAGAAAUAGCAAAUAGAUCACAACAAUAGAAUGCUAGAGAUGACUUGGUGCUUUAGGGACCAUCUAUUCUAUAUACUGCAAAUCCUUUCUAAAAUAGUUGCAGUCCACACUGUCUCCAGUGUAUUCUCACCGAAGUCACUGCCAUUUCAGGAUAAAUUGUCAUUAUCAAUUUGCACAAUCAUUUGAUGUCUGCAUGGUCACAAAAUUUCAGCCUAGUUUUUUUUUAAAAAAUUGGCUUGUCAUGGUCCUAUGGACUGUGUGAACUGCAGAACGUAAGUGUUCUAAGAAAGAAGGCCCUGUUCUAGAAGAUACCGAUUUGCUUUUUGUGUUGGUUUGUAGCAUAUGGAUUGCAGAGAUCCUACCAUUGUUACUCAAAGCAACGCAGAGGAAGGAUGUAUUUAGGUCACUUACAUUGCAGUUCCAUUGUCAAUUCAAAAGUAAGUCCUCUAGAGUUCAAUGGGUCUUUUACUUCCAGGUAGGUAGGUAUAGGCAUGUAGCCAGAAGAUAAAUUCCAGUCAGAAAGUAAUUCCCUUCUGCAUCGUAACCCCCCUUAAUCUCUGCAAAUUCUCUCAUGAGCACUUUGUGGCCUCCUGAGAAGCUCAUCUUGCUGUUUUGCUUUCAGUAAAAGUUUCUAGUCCUCAUGGGUGCAGAGGAAAGGGAAAACAGAUUGCUGAAGGGUAAUUCGCAAAUAUUCCCAGAUGGAAUUGUAAUCCUGUGUGAGGAAACAAAGAUGAUGGUGUUUGGGCUUGGCAUGACGAUUCUGUAUACUCCAGGUUCACUCAACACAAGGAAUGACUUCUACACAUCUACAGUAGCUUCUUGCAUUGAAGAAAGCUACCAUCGCCAGACAGCAUUUAUCUUGGCUCUCAAUAAACCCUUGGAGAACUGCUGCAUACUUGUAAGUGAGGGUUGGCACAUUUGAUACAUUGACAAAGUUUCAAAGAGAGAUACUCCAGAGAAAUAUAGCAAAGGAUGGUUUGCGGGGUGGUACCAUCUGCAUAUGACUCUGAGCCUAGUCUGAAGUCAUCCUCCAGUUCCCAAUAUUGCUCUCAGUCUUAAGCACUUGGAAGGAAGCCAAGUUAAAUUCAAGAGAGUUUGCUUCCUCCAAAGCGUACUCAAAAGAUAAUACACCAGCAUUGCCACCUAGAUAACUGAGAUUGAUAAGUAAAACCUGCUAUCUGCAAUCCAGACUAAUCUCUAUAUAUUUAAAUGGUCUAUACUUAAAGAGAGAACAUGUGUACCUCAUUUGUCAGUGUGAGGUUUACCAUCUGAACCUGGAGUGUACAGAAGACCUUGAACCACUUGUGUCUUUGUAAUUUUCAUAAAUAUCUAUACUGACCGGGGCUUGCAGUGCAAAGCCGGGCCAAUGUGUAACUUUUAUUUACAAUAAAAUAUCAUUUUCAGCUA